AAUUCAUUUUUAGUCCUUUAACAAUCCAUAGUGAUAUUCUCCUAAAGAGGGUGCACUUUCAAUAUGACGGCUGUCAAUGUUGCCCUGAUUCGUGAUACCAAGUGGCUGACUUUAGAAGUCUGCAGAGAAUUUCAGAGAGGAACUUGCUCUCGACCUGAUGCAGAUUGCAAGUUUGCCCAUCCACCAAGAGUUUGCCAUGUGGAAAAUGGUCGUGUGGUAGCCUGUUUUGAUUCUCUAAAGGGUCGGUGUACUCGCGAGAAUUGCAAGUACCUUCACCCUCCUCCACACUUAAAAACGCAGCUGGAGAUUAAUGGACGUAACAAUCUGAUUCAACAGAAGACUGCAGCAGCCAUGUUCGCCCAGCAGAUGCAGCUUAUGCUCCAAAAUGCUCAGAUGUCAUCACUUGCUUCUUUUCCUGUGAAUCCGUCCCUUGCGGCUAAUCCUGCCAUGGCUUUCAAUCCUUAUGUACCUCAUCCUGGGAUGGGCCUAGUUCCUGCAGAACUUUUACCAAAUACGCCUGUUCUGAUUUCUGGGAAUCCACCUCUCGCGUUGCCAGGAGUUGCUGGUCCAAAACUGAUGCGUUCAGAUAAACUGGAGGUUUGCCGUGAAUUUCAGCGUGGAAAUUGUACCCGGGGGGAGAACGAUUGCCGCUAUGCUCACCCUACAGAUGUUUCCAUGAUUGAAGUGAGCGAUAAUACUGUGACAAUCUGCAUGGAUUACAUCAAAGGUCGAUGCUCCCGGGAGAAAUGCAAGUACUUUCAUCCUCCCGCACACUUGCAAGCCAAACUCAAGGCAGCUCAUCACCAGAUGAACCACUCGGCUGCCACGGCGAUGGCCCUGCAGCCUGGUGCACUUCAACUGAUACCAAAGAGAACGGCCAUUGAAAAGCCCAACGGUGCCACCCCGGUCUUUAAUCCAAAUGUUUUCCACUGCCAACAGACUCUGGCUAACAUGCAGCUCCCACAGCCGGCAUUUAUCCCAACAGGGCCAAUACUGUGCAUGGCACCCGCUUCAAGUUUUGUGCCCAUGAUGCACGGUGCUACACCUACCGGUGUGUCUGCCUCAACAACACCUGCAACCAGCGUUCCCUACGCUGCAACAACUACAGGCAAUCAGUCGAAAUUCUGAACAGCAGAGUCACAGAGUACCGGAAUCUCUCCAUGAGAACCUCCAUAUGGCCUUUCUAUAUGUAUUCUCAAAUGUCCUCUUCUACCAACACAACAAUAAGCAUGGUGCAGUCAAUAUAUUAAGCAGAGAGAAUGUACCAGCCAACAAAUUUGAAUAAAAAAUGAAGCAUUAAAAAUCAGCGAAGAUGGUAAAACAAGACCCAUAUAGAAAGCUAAUAACUACUACCCAUCUUGUUUGAAUUAUCAGGUAGAAUAUUGACCAUAAAAUUUGUGAUUUUCCAAUAACCAGUAUGCUAAAUUAAUUUCCACACUGUACUGUUGGCUUACUCUACAUUCUUGGUGGAUAAACUAUCUGUUUUUGAAGUGUUACCUUACUAUUGUGUUUACAGGAUAGUCUAUUGGGUUGAUUUAGAAUGUAACAAAUAUGUCCAGUACCAUCUUCCCCAUCGUUGUGUUGUACUGGUUUGGGUUGCAUUUAGUCUUACAUACUAUAGUGUUUUGCUGUAUAUGUGUGGUGUUUGGUAAAAAUUAAAAUGUUACUAGUGGGGAACAGAAGUAUAUGUGCUUGAAAACAUGACAGGAUUAUGUUAAUAUGCUCUCUUUAGAAUCUUUCUGUAGGUUUCUAGAGGCAGAUAUGUAAAAGGCCUCACUUUUGAGUGUGCACAAAACCUGGUCAUAAACAUGCAUGUAUAUAAUUUGUACCUGUAGAUCUGACCCUGCAUAAUUCAGUAAGCUUACUAGAUUUUUUUGUGAGAGAGAAAUAAUUACCACCCAAAGUAAGGAACUUCUUCAAACAUGAACUCCUAAUACACUCCUUUUAAAUGGCCUAAAAAUGGAGAAUUUUUCCUUUUAAUGAAGUUCUCAGCAUUUAUACUAAAAAUGAUAUAAAGUACCCAUUACAUUUUUUUUUGUAUCUCAAGAAAUCCUGUCUCCUAGGUUGAGUGUCUAAAAUUGAGCCAUUUGUCAUCUUCAGCUGAGAAACUGGUACUUGGGAGCUUAAAGGUAUGCUAAUUGCAGGUUAUAAAUCAAACAGAAAGAUGGGGGCAUGGAGAUAGUUUUUACAUACUGGCAGAAAGUGUGUAAAACCAUUGCAAUGUAACCUUUUACACAAGUGCCAUUUCCAAAUGCAAAUGGCUCAUGCUCUUUAGACUACUCUUUGAAUAAUAAGUAAGAUGCAAUCUAGCAAAAGUCAGUCAGGGUGAAAGAGAAUUGGUUCCAAAUGAGGCCUUUCCUCCCCAAAUGGACAAUCUUCUCUAUUGAUCACAGAGGGAGCCUGAGUACAGGUUCAGAGAAAUUGUAGGUUUGGGGGCAGGGAGACAUUUAAAAUUACUCUUUGGUUUAUGCAAAAGAACUUGAAAAGGUGUCCACAAUUGUCUUUAGCUUAAGUUUAACUGAAUUUCCAAUGCUGUUUAACAUUUUAGUGAAGGAGCCAGCACCCAUGACACGUGACAAGUGUUUCCCUGGCCAGAUUUUAACAUCAGAAUCCUUUGCAUCAUAAA